UUACAAAACCAGUAACAUAAGGGAUAAACAUUAAAAGUGAUCAUGGAUUUUUUAAAAGAUAUUGAUAAUAGAGACGAAUUACUGACUAUAUUAUAUGCAGCAAUAGAACGAAUUUAUAAAAAAGAUUUGAUACCGACAAAAAACAUAAAAGUUUCUGUGGACGAGCUGGAUUAUGUAGCCAAUAUAUUCAUCCAGUAUUGCUCUAAUCAGCUCAACAAAUCAGAAAUGCUUGACUACUUUCCAAUAAACCCAAAUAAAAAGGAUUUUGUAUUUAAAGCCAUAGAAGCUAGAAAAUUGGAUGUCUGUAAAUACCUUAUGAACGAACAUAAUUCACGAAAUAUUCCUUUGAUGAAAUCUUUUGACUGGAACAUUCAAUUUAUCGUUGGAAACUCAUCGUUGGCAUCAUAUCGUGAACAACUAGCUACUUUAAAUUUUGAGUGUCGAAAAGGAAGCAAGUUUGAGACAAUCUCGAUGGAAAUGGAUAAAUCUUCUCUUGAAUCAGCCAUCAAAAGUCUUGAAAAUUGCAUCGGUGUUAAUGAAUAA